UUUAUGAUAAUUACCGCCGGAAAAAUUAAAUGGCUCCCUCCGCUGCCUUCACACGGCGGCUGGCCGCCUCUUCCGCCACUUUCCGAUUUCCUCUGCUGGUCCGUCAAUUGCGCUCGGACGCCACUCUGGAAGCAAUACGGAAGGCGUCGGAGAACAAAAUCCCCAACUUGGUGCUGUACAACUACCCCUCAUUCUCCGGCGCAUUUGGAGCGCUUUUCGCGCACCUCUACCACUCUCGACUCAACCUCCCUUGCUUCAUAUUGCCUUUCUCCUCCGUUUCGCCCUUCAGCGUUGAUGACUUGUGCAUAGAAGGAAUGAAGACGUGCUACUUUUUAGACUGUUUGGGUCCGAAAGGUUUUCCUUUGGAGCUUUCCAGGCGAACAUCAUCCACGGUCAUUGGUUUUGAUCACCGGAAAUCAGUGCUUUCCCAAAUUUCUUCAAGGGAAGAUUCUGAUCCGAAUAUUUCAAUUCAUGUAAAUAUCGAGAAGAGUAGCUCCACUGCUGUGUAUGAAUAUUUCUCUGCUAAACUCUCAGAUACUAGAUCUGAUCAGAUUGAUAAUAUGAGCCUGCUAAACCAUGAUGACCAAGAACGCAUGGAGAUGAUUCUCAAAUAUGUUGAAGCUGGAGAUCUACGGCAAUGGAAUUUACCCAACAUUAAAGCCUUUUAUAUUGGACUAAGAGCAUUUCGGUCGAAAUUAAACUGCAUCACUAACCCACUCAUGUAUCAACAGUUAACAGAGAUUUGCUCUGAAGACUUGAUCAUCAAUGGAGACACCUGUCUUUCUAAUCGACAGACAGAAGCAAGUAAACUGCUGAAUAAAGUGUUCAAGAUUAAGUUGGGCCGAGGCUUUUAUGGUGAAUGUCUGGCGAUAAGAUCUGAUGGGAAUUCAGAUUUCAGUGAUGAAAUGGGCAAGGAACUUAGCCAAAUGAGUGCAGCAGCUGGGUUAAGGCCUAUUGGAGCAGUCGUUUACAUGCAGAGGAACAAUCUAAAAAUGUGCCUGAGAACUGUAGACAGCGGUACUGAUACAUCUGAAAUUGCUAAGGCAUACGGUGGUGGUGGUUUUCCAGGUUCCAGCUCCUUUAUUAUUCGUAUGGAUGAGUAUAACCAGUGGCGUUCAGCACUGCCAUCGCCAAUAAGAUAAUGCCAUCAGUGAUAAGGAAAUUUGACAAAGGCAUGCCGUGAUAUAUGAGAUAAGAAUCUUGUAUGAGGAGAUCAAGAAAAGUGGGGUCGCAAGAAGACAAAAGAUUUACUUCUGGAUUUUCUGUGUUCUUUGGACGGAAGAUUUCAUCGAAAAGUUUUAAAAGAUAAAGAGGUCCCACGCUCUAGUGUGGAUUCAGAGUAUAGAGCUAUGACUAUCUGUAUGUGAGAUCAUGAAUGCACAUUGGUUUCUGUAUGUGAAGUGGGUUUGAAUGUUUGAAUACAAGCUAAUUUUUGGUGAGAUAA